CAAGUAGACACCUAUCCCAAUGCGAGUUUAGCUCAGAGUCUGGAACCUGCUAAAACCGUGUAAUUGAAGCUACCUACGCAAUCACCGACGACUCACUGACUUGCUCUCUUCCAACUCAUUGUUCUUUGACUCCAUUCCCCUCUCUCUCUUUCAUCACCAUCACUAUCAAUAAUUAUUAUUGUUUAACUAAAUUAGACUACUAAUCAGUGACUAUUCUGAGAAAUCUUUCACACUACUCACUCACCAUUUGGCCAUCCAGUUAAUCAAACAAUCAGUCAUUCAAGUCACUUCACGCACGCACGCACGCACGCACAGACAACCCACUCACCUCUUACGCAUGCCACAUAGACUUACCUAGGUGGAUGAUUUGUAUGCGACACAACACAAAGGCCACACGGCCACACGAGUCUUGGUCUAUGCCGCGAACAGAACAGAACCAUCCCUGUCAUCUCCCGGUCGCCGCUGUUCCCCCUUCCUGCACGACGACUCUUUGCUUGCCUUGCCCUGUUUGCACUUGGAUCUUGUUACGAGUGUUAUUAUUAUUGCUGGCUGAUGCUACUCCCAGUCCCAGUCCCUCCACUGCCACUGCCACUAAGCUAUCACCGGUAAUACUGGCUAGGUAUCUACUGCUUUCGCACUUGCGUCUUGCCCUGUGCACCGCAUCCCCCUCCUCCCAUCCCGGCCAGCUAUCGCAGUCGCCGUACGCCGUCCGUCGUCGCAGUGUUGCAGUGGCAGUAACAAUCCAAGUCGCAGUUCCAACCAAGUCAGUGCCAGAGCCAGAGCCAGAGCCAGUGCAGGCGCAGACGCGGGCGCAGGCGCGGUUCGCUGUCGGUCCAAUAAUCAACCCGGACAGCCCCUGUACAUACGUAUACUCCGAACCAUGUAUACACAGUGCACACAAUAGUUAGGUACCUACUGAGUACGCCGUAGAUACGGAGGUAGAGUUAGUGGACAUUGAAUGAUGCUGAUUGCUGAUGACCGGUGCUGGUGCUGGUGCUGGUUU